CGCCCGCGAAGACCGAUGUCAAUGUGGCGCUUCUCCCGCCCGCUCCUCCGCGCCGCCGCCAGCGCGGGCGCCCCGGCCGCCGCGCCGCCGCGCGCGCGGGCCGCCGCCUCCGCCGCGGCGUGCUGGCUGCCCCCGCCGCCGCAGCAGCCGCCGUGCGGCCUCUUCCAGCAGCGGUUCCGCUUCGCGUCGCUGCCGGCGGCGGAGGCGGCCGCGGGGAGGGACCCGGAGGCCGAGGUGACGGCGGAGGAGGCGAGGCGGCUCAUGCGGAUGGCCAACGUGGAGGCGCUCAAGCGGCGGCUCGGGGACGGCGAGGUGAUCCCCUACGCGGAGCUGCUGCGCAAGUGCGAGGAGGCCGGCGCCGCCCGCACCCGCGCCGAGGCCACCGCGCUCGCCGGCGCGCUCGACGAGGCCGGCGUCGUGCUCCUCUUCCGCGACAAGGUCUACCUCCAGCCCGACAAGAUUGUGGAUCUUGUAAGAAAAGCUAUGCCCCUUGCACUGACACCUGAGGAUGACCCAAGAAAGGAAGAGCUCAAGCAACUCCAGACACAUUUGGAAGAAAUCAACAAGCUCGCACACAAGCAAGUCCGGCGUAUCCUCUGGUCUGGGCUAGGGUUCCUGAUCACACAGGUCGGGCUCUUCUUCAGGCUGACCUUCUGGGAGUUCUCGUGGGACGUCAUGGAGCCCAUCACAUUCUUCACAACUGCGACGGGCCUGGUUGUCGGGUACGCCUACUUCCUCAUCACAUCAAGGGAUCCGACGUACCGAGACUUCAUGGAGAGGAUGUUCCAGUCCCGGCAGAGGAAGUUGAUCCAGAGGCAGAAGUUCAACCUGGACAGGUACCUGGAGCUCCAGAGGUGCUGCAAGGAUCCUCUGGAGAAGAUCUGCGGCACAAGCCAUUUCUCCAACGCCGACAUCGCUCAUCUCCAUGAGCUGUCUGUCCACAAGUGACAGACGGCCCUCCCGUCGCUCUAAAACACUAAUCUACAGUGCCCCCUUUCAUCUUUGAUUCUCGUGGGAUGAUGAUGAUGAAGAAAGUAUUAACAAACCGGAUGUUUCUUGCGCUUGCGAGGUAGACCUUUGGCAAAACCUUUUUCGUGGUCUCUCUCAUAUGCAAAUGUCUAGGCCAGCAACCCAGUAUAGCUAUCUCUCUCUUUUGUACAUUGCUGAAGCAGAAGCACUUGAUCUUGAUGCUUGUACUGCUCGUGUGUAUGAACUUACCAUGAGCUGUAUAACCCUGCAGCCGCUGCUAAUCAACCGUGUUAUGGGAUUCAGUAGUUCUUACUUAA